CAGCAUGGCUGCUCCCUGCGUUCACUACUAGAUAGACAAAUCACUGAUCACAUGUUCCGAGCUUUGUACUGGACAAACCCUGUGAUUAUGUCUACGAGGCAGGAUGGAGGACUACAGUGCUGUACUAAACCUUCUGCUUUUAACCACAUGUGUUGUUCACCUUUCAUGGACAGACACACACUCUCUGCAGUACCUCUACACUGUCAAUGGGCAAUUCAUUGCUGUUGGUCUGAUGGAUGGAGAGCAGUUCGUGUACUAUGACAACAACAUGAAGAUGAUCCCAAAGACGGAGUGGAUAAAGAAGAUUAAAGCUGAUGAUGCGCGUUAUUGGGACAGAGAGACACAGCACAUGACUGAUCAUCAAGACAGGUUCCAGGUCAUUGUGAAUCAAACAAAGAAGAGAAGACUAAAUCCCACUGAAGAAGUUCACACACUACAGAGGAUGCACGGCUGUGAGCUGGAUGAUGACGGCACCAAAAGAGGAUACAUACAAUACGCUUAUGAUGGAGAAGAUUACAUCAGUCUGGAUCUAAAAACUGGAACCUGGACUGCUGCUAAUGAUAAAGCUGAGAGAUUUAUAAACAACUGGGAUCCUAAAGGCGCUGAGGCUGAAUACUGGAAAGACUUCCUGGAGAAUGACUGUAUUGAUCGAUUAAAGAAGUUCAUGACUUACGGCAGCAAGACUCUGGAGAGGAAAGUUGUUCCUGAGGUGUCAGUGUUCCAGAAACACUCUCCUUCUCCAGAGGUGGUGUGUCACGCUACAGGUUUCUUCCCCAAAGCACUAAACAUCACCUGGCAGAAGGACGGAGAGGACGUGCAUGAGGACGUGGAGCUCAGAGAGACGUUACCCAACCAGGAUGGAAGCUUCCAGAAGAGAAUUAUUCUGAAAGUCUCAAGAAUAAAGCUGUGGAUACACAACUACACCUGCGUGGUUCAGCACAGCAGCUUGGAGAAGGAGUUAGUGCGAGAAGUACCAAAAGGUAGAGGAACAGCUGGAGGAACAGGUGGACCACCGAUCGCUAUCAUCACUGCUGUAGUGGCUCUCAUCGUUCUUGUCGCUCUCGUCGCCGUUGUUGCUGGAAUUGUGAUCUGGAAGAAGAGGAAAUCUGAUUGGAGGACGACAGGAACAGGAGAUUCUUCAACCUCAAGCUUACAAAGUGUGACUGUGUGACUUCCUGCUGAACUGAGAGAGUAAGACAUGAUGUAGUUUACAGUGUAAUAUGGAAUAAACAUCUGUGUGUGGAGUGAAAAUCCAACAGAAAAGUAACAUUUAGUCUCAGCUCAGAGCUCAUCCUGUUUCUGUCUUAGGGUCACGAGGAGUGCGAGUUGAGGAUGGAGUUUAGGGCCACACAUGAGAGACUACAGAAUUAAAAGUGUUGUUUUAAUUAUGAAAAUGAUGACCAAAGAAACUGAAUGGUUCAAUGUCUGCAAGACAAACUUUUGUAAAGCUGCUGCACUGCUGUCUAUUCAGAAUCUACAGAUCAGUCUGACUACACCUCACAAUACUGUUUACUUUUCUAUUGUUCCCUGUUACCUUUUAUAGUGCCUCAACCAGCAUUCCGAUCCCUUUCUUAUUCAUGGAGAAAAAUAAUUUUUGCUUCGAAUGGAUUGAAGAUGCACUAAUUUCAGUGUUUUCAUGUUGAAUGUUCUUGUAGUUUAUUUGGAUAUGAACAGUAGGUACUUAAUCGGAAUGUUGUUUUUGAGCGUUUACCGCUGAGUGGCUAUAUAACUACAGACUGAAACCUUAGGCCUACAGUACGUUCAUUGUCUCAAGGAUUAAUGAGCCGCAGCUCCUUUAGAGCUGCACGUAGUAGUGCAUAAAAUCAAGUAAAACAUUGUAGUUCAUUGUAGUAAUUCAUAAUCACAGGACUAAAAUUCCAGUACAAAUUUAGAAUUUAAAUUAAAUUAAAUCUUAUUAUUAUCAAAUUUAAGCGAAGUAAAUGUUAACACUAAGCCUUUAGAUUUUAUCAUGUGUAAUUAGAAAAGUUAUAACAUUAAAACAUAGUCAGGAAGUUCUACUGCGUCAGGAGAUGUCGAUGUCAUUUAGCCCUGCUUGUGUUUUUGCGUUAUUAUAAGAAUGAAAUGCAAUAGGCUGUUAUGAUUAUUUACACUCCCCCGUUGUGCUUUUCCACCGCUGGCAAAGCCUUAUGAAAUACAAGUGAAACUAUAAUGAAUUUACAAUCACGGUACUAAAAAUAUAGGAAUAAAUAUCUGCGUUUCUUAUUUGCAUCGAAUUUACGCAAAGUAAAUGUAUACCAUUUAUAUCUAGCCUUUAGAACAUAUCAUGUGUAACACUAGUGUAUAGCCAGAAAACAGACUCGGGGUGUGCAUCAAACAAAGUUUGCCAGAUUAAUGUGCAAAAACUAUAUAGUAAAACUCUAUAAACUACAUAGCCUUUAUAAGACUCUACUUUAGUUUAAUGACACAAAAACGUUAUGAUACUUCGUAAAAUAAUGAAAGUAAACAGGGUGCGCUGUUCUGUAUUGUUUUCAGUGAACUUGAGUGCAUCGGAAAAUGAAACGACACUCCGUGUAUACUCGCCUCACAGACGUGAACAAUAUAUACUUACAGAAAGCGAAAUGUCUGCCUUUAUAUAAACUAAUGGAAAACACAAUGUAAUUCGUAUGAAAAGUGGAUUUUUGGCGCAUCCACUGCUGCGGAGACUACGAGAUGACAUGAUCACCUUCAUCACUACAGCCGAAACCCAAGACAUCACUUUUGCUAGUUUGCUAGUUGCUAGUUUUCUAAAUAGCAUGGAAGGAGAGCAUCCUGAACUAUAGAAGAGCUCUCAGUGCUGCUAGGUCAAUGUAUCUCUCCACUCUUAUAGAAAAUAACAAAAAUAAUCCUAGAUUUUAUUUAAUACCAUAGCUAAAUUAACUAAAAACAAGACCACUGCAGAAAUCACAACAACAACAUACAUUAGUGAGGAUUUCAUGAACUUUUUCAAUAACAAAAUCAUAAAUAUUGGGCAAAAUAUUCAGGCUUUGAAACCAGACAAUUUAAGUGAUACAGAUGAUAAAUUAAUCACAUCACAUCAGAACCUAGAAUACUUUACUCCCCUUGAAGCGAGAGAACUAAUUUCACUCAUCUCCUCUUCAAAAUCGUCAACCUGUGAAUUAGAUCCUAUACCGACACAUUUUCUCAAGCAGAUAGUUCCAGCAAUAACAGAACCCCUGUUAAAAGUAAUUAACUGUUCCCUCAGCAGUGGGUAUGUUCCUAAAUCCCUUCAAUUAGCAAUUAUUAAACCACAAUCAAAAAACCUGACCUUGACCCCUGUCAGCUUUCCAAUUACAGGCCGAUAUCAAACCUCCCCUUUAUCUCUAAAAUUCUGGAAAAGUUAGUAUCACAGCAGCUAUGUUCAUAUCUACAUAGGAAUAGCAUACAUGAACUGUAUCAGUCAGGAUUUAGGCCUCAUCACAGCACAGAGACAGCACUCGUUAAAGUAGUAAAUGACCUCCUAGUGGCCUCUAUACAGGGUUGUGUCACUAUACUUGUGUUACUCGACCUCAGUGCAGCUUUUGACACUAUUGAUCAUAGUAUUCUCCUUCACAGAUUAGAAAAUGUAGUAGGAAUUAAGGGAACGGCCCUUUUAUGGCUCAGAUCUUAUUUGACUGAUCGUUAUCAGUUUGUAGAUUUAGAUGGUGACCAUUCCUCAUGUUCUCAAGUUGAGUUUGGUGUUCCACAGGGUUCUGUUUUAGGCCCACUGCUUUUUUCCCUUUGCAUGCUUCCUCUAGGCAACAUAAUUCAUAAACAUGGUAUUAGUUUUCAUUGUUAUGCUGAUGACACACAAGUAUACGUUUCAGCAAAACCAGAUGAGAAAAACCAGCUUACUAAAGUUGAGCAAUGUGUGCAGGACAUAAGAGAUUGGAUGUUAAUUAAUUUCCUUCUGCUUAAUCCUGAUAAGACAGAAGUUUUAGUCAUAGGACCACAAGCAGCUAGAAGUAAGCUUUCUGAUCACACUGUGAUUUUAAAUGGCCUUUCUGUUCCAUCAAGUGCAACAGUAAAAGACCUCGGUGUGAUUAUAGAUUCAAGCCUUUCAUUUGAAGCACAUGUAGAUAAUAUUACCAGGAUAGUAUUCCUUCACCUCAGAAAUAUUGCCAAGAUAAGAAAUAUAUUGUCACCAAAUGAUGCAGAAAAACUAGUUCAUGCUUUUAUCACGUCUAGGUUGGAUUAUUGUAACGCCUUACUGUCUGGUUGUUCAACAAGGUGCUUAAACAAGCUUCAAUUAGUCCAGAAUGCAGCAGCGAGAGUCCUCACUCGAACCAGAAAAUAUGAGCACAUCACCCCUAUCUUAUCCACAUUGCAUUGGCUUCCUGUGAAAUUUCGCAUCGAUUUUAAAAUACUACUCUUGACGUAUAAAGCAUUAAAUGGUCUCGCGCCGCAGUAUCUGAGCGAACUGCUAGUGUCUUACAAUCCGCCACGCCUACUUCGAUCAAAGGAUGCAGGCUGCCUGUCAGUACCGCGUAUUAUUAAAACUACAGCAGGGGGCAGAGCUUUUUCUUACAAAGCCCCAAAGUUAUGGAAUAGUCUUCCAAAUAGUGUUCGGGACUCAGACACAGUCUCAGUGUUUAAGUCCAGGCUAAAAACCUAUUUAUUUAAUCAAGCAUUUUUAUAAAUAGAUUUGCCUUAGGUAAAGGAGCAGAUAUGGGGGACUCAUGGACGUAGAGUAUCAUGGUGAACUGGUAUGUUUGGAUGCUGUCCUCCCCACUCUCAUUGAUUACUCAGGUUUGUUGACGGUGAGGUGAUUGGUUGCUUUACAUCUCAGGGAGCCCUCAUGUCUUUGUUUCCUUCUGGCUCUCCCUUUUUAGUUAUGCUGUCAUAGUUAGUCCUGCCGGAGUCUCUGCUUGCACUCUGCACUAAAUAUACAUUCACAUUAUACAUUGUUCGACUGUGACCAUACCUAACUGUUAUUUCUCCAUCUCUUUUGCUCUCUCCUUUUCUGCUCUAUCCUCUCUCUCUCUCCGUCUCUCCUUGUUCCUCUACCUAUCUCUCUGUCAAGCUAUACAUGUCGCUCCUGAGCUGCCAGUGAUCCAGACCCCCUCUGCCCGCUGGACCUCUCUAACUCAUCCUGGAGUCCUGCUUCUGGUUGGAGAUCUUAUCACAUGGAUGCCCCAGUGUGGUCUGCCUGGAAUGCGUGUGGUGACUGGGGUUGGUUCCACUCUUCCAUGAAGGUGGUCCUGUCCUCGACUGAUGCAGACAGCUGUUCUUUGAGGACCUGUGACUUCAGUCGCUCAAUAAUUCAGGACUGGAAUUUCUCACAGUCCACCUGAGCCUCCAAGAACAAUCUGGACUUUAAUCUUACACAUCUCCUCUUAUACUGAACUUCCAGUCUUGCAUAUUAUUAUGCACAUCAAUCCCUGCUAUUUGUUUUCACCCAGAUCAGGAUGGCUUUCCUGUUGAGUCUGGUUCCUCUCAAGGUUUCUUCCUAUUACCAUCUCAGGGAGUUUUUCCUUGCCACUGUCGCCAUCGUCCUAGGCUUGCUCAUCAGGGACAAUCAUAUAAUUUUGAUUCAUACACAUUCACAUUUCAUACAAACUUAAUUCUUUUGAUUGUGUAAAGCUGCUUUGUGAUGAUGUAAAUUGUUAAAAGCGCUAUACA